UUGGCAACUGAUUGGACAAAUCCUGUCAUGACACUAGGUUUGCCGAUGACGUUAGUUUACUGUUUUUUUUCCUCGCAGUUUCGGACGGAGAGAAAGCCUGGGGGACAGUGAUGGGUCAGGAAGCUGGCAAGCCAGCCUGGCCCAAACCACCUGGUGGACAUCAGACAAUCACAGGAAGGCGUUACGGCAGGAGGCAUGCGUACGUUAGCUUCCGUCCAACCUCUGCCAAGCACAGGAACCCAGCCAGCGUGGAGGAUUGGCCCGAUACGGAAAUGGACGGUGUCCGUAGAGUGCAUUCCAUGUCUUCAAAAGGAAACAUCUCCUCGAUGCUUCACGCCAUCUUUCCUGUCUCAUCGAAUUCGGUUCACCCAGAGGUGAAAAUCAAAUCUGGCAAAGAUCCUCCCCACAAGAAACAGUCAACUUCUAGGCAGUCAUCGGAAGCCCACUCCAUCCACUACAAAAAGAGUGACCAACCUGUAGCCUCAGACCAGGACCAAAAUGGUGGCUCGAAGAAAAGUGCAGAAGCUAGUGCAUGGCCUAUCCCCGAGGACGAGGACAGCAACCCUUCCAAUUCCAGCAUAUUGAGCAUUGUAAAUAUUGAUGCUUACGAGCCGGACAGCAGUGGCGGCGAGGAGGAGGGGGGACAUGGUUCCGACACGUCUCACGGUCUCCAGAAAAUACUGGAUGACAUGAUCUUCGAGCUGGGUAAAGAGUUUGACUAUCUCAGCGGUUUGCACUCGUAUUUGUACACACAAUCUAGUGAAGGGACGACAGACUGUUCCCUCAGAGACACUGAGUCAGUGAAAGAUUCUAGAACAGAUCCUAGAUCAGAUUCUAACACAGAAGAAAUCCCUCCUGAGUGGAAUAUAUCAGAACACAACAGAACAGAUCACCCGGAAAUCAGCACUGAGUUCCGAACACCAGAGGACCUAGCAACUGUUGGCCCCAAAGGUCCUGCUGAGCUGGGGAACGACGACCAGAGGGGGACCCAGUCAGAGAUGGUGGUUAGGCCCAAAAUUCGUAAGCAGACUAGUGAAACACACCUGGAGAAGUGGAAGAGUUCUCAUGGCGAGGAGGCACACUGUGGCUCAGCCAAACAGGCCAGCAAGACCAAGUGUGUGUCCGCACCGCCAUUCUUCCUGACACAAACGGAAAGGCCAAACCAGGAGUUUCUCUUUGAUUACCCUCAGACUGAUUCAUAUGGGAUUAGCCCUAUCAAGAGGAGGGGUGAAUAUGGAGAAGCUUGUAGCAAAAUUAUUUCUGAUGAUGAAAAGGACAUCUGGGAAGAACUGGAGGACUUCAAUGAGACGGGUGUUCCUUUCAUGAAGGCUGAGGAAAGCUCGGAGUGCAGCGAGGGGGAGUGGUCAGCCUUGUGGACGUCGGACUCUGGCCUGGAGAAGGAGCGUGGCUCCAGUCAGGAGAGCUGGGUGACGCUGCCCGGCCUGGACGAACUGCACAGCAGCAGUCUUGAGGACGUUCCCGAGCUCAGCCUGCCCCCUGAGGAGCCGACCCCUCUGGAGGAGGGGGAGAUACCGUGGUUGAUGUACAACGAGGAGACGGGCAGCAGUAGUGACGAAGACCCAGAUGGCAUGAGUCACUUUGUCCACCCAGGCCUCUUCAUCCUGGAUGGGAACAACAACCUGGAGGAUGACUCCAGCUUGAGCGAGGACCUGGACGCUGAGUGGAGGUUGCUAGAUGACUUUGGAGAGGGCUUUGGGAUGGCCCAGGCUAUUUCCUAUGUGGAUCCUCAGCUCCUCACAUACAUGGCUCUUGAAGAGCGUCUGGCCCAAGCUAUGGAGGCAGCUCUAGCCCACCUGGAGUCCCUGGCCAUUGAUGUGGAGCAGGCCCACCCUCCGGCUACAGAACAGAUUAUAGAGUGUCUGCCUCAGAUCACCAUAUUGGAGGACCCCAUUGGUCAGGAACAUUGCUGUGCCAUCUGCUGCGGUGAGUACGUCAAAGACGAGAUUGCAACCCAGCUGCCGUGCCACCACAUGUUCCACAAGAUCUGUGUGACUCUCUGGCUCCAAAAGUCUGGGACUUGCCCUGUCUGUCGUCACAUACUGUCGCCUGUUGUCACGGAGACCACUGCUAACACCUCGUUUGUGUCGGAUCAGGACAUCCCACCGUCCAAUCACAGCGCAGCCGGAAUGCGGUGAAUCCACUGGUUACCAAUCAACAGCCAGAAAAGAGGCCUGUAACGCUUCAAUGAAAAAUAGUUCUUAUUACUUUUUCUUUCAUUGUCGCUCUCUGCAAUGUAACUCUAUGAAUGAGAUUGUUGAAUUAGUUCUGCACAUGUAAACAAGUUCAAGAUCUAUGUCCGAGAGACAGUUCAGGCUUAUUUUCUGAGAAAAUAUUAUCUGUAUAAUGUCAAGUCUUUGUUAUGAAUGUAUGUUUUAAUGAAGGAUAGGAAAUUGCAAUUUUUGUUUAUUCUAGAUUUUCAUUAAAGCAUUUCAGAUUUUA